UAUCGUUGUCGAAUGCCGAUGUGUUGCUGCAGUUGUAGAACUUUUCAAAUAAUUUAAUAAGUUGUGUUUUCUUUCAUGUUUUGAGUAAUCUGCGUAUAUCAGCCAUGAUGUCAAAAGAUAAUCGAGACUUUAUAACGUUGUCUAUUACUGGCGAGGAUGCUGACAAAUAUAAGACGAAGCAGUCCAUCUGGCGGGUGUGGAAUCGGUUAUCAAGGUUGCAAAAAAAUGUAUUAUCUGUAUUUCUAGUAGUUGUGCUGGUUACAGUUGCUGUCAUCAUACUUCACACAGAUCGGGGGUCAUUGGACAUCCGUGAGAAAGAUAUAAGUGACGAUGAUCGCUACGUUCAGCUACAUAGGAGGAACAAAGUUGAGGCAAUCAAUGAUUUUGUGAAUGAACGAAAAAAGCAACAGGAAUCUUUGAAUAUGGAACAUAAGGAUAGUGUGCUGGAGAAGCCACCAGAGAAAUCACAUGCCGACAGUCUCAUCCAAGAAUCGGUAGCAGUCGAAAAAGUAGUGCAGCACCCAGAGCCACCGAUAGGUUCUAAUGGUGAUAAUGGUGUAAAUGGUGUACAGGGAAACGUGGCUGAUGUAAAUAAUGAGGGUCCUGGGAAAAAUAAUAAUCACAUAUCGGCAGUAAGACCAAAAGAUAUCGAAGAUAUCCUUCAUCACGAUGAUGGAAUACCAAUGGAAUUCAUGGGUGCGCAGAACGAACGACAGAAAGCUGUCACAGCGGCCUUCCAGCACGCGUGGACGGCAUAUAAGAAGUAUGCAUGGGGAUAUGACCAGCUGAAACCAGUUACAAGAAGCCACCAUGAGUGGUUUGGUCUGGGCCUCACCAUCAUUGAUGCCCUGGAUACAAUGUACAUUAUGGAUCUGAAAGAAGAGUUCAAGGAGGGUCGUGACUGGGUGGAGCAGAAGCUGAAUCUGUCACAGAACAAGGAUGUCAACCUGUUUGAGGUGACGAUACGCGUGCUCGGUGGACUGCUCAGCACCUACCACCUCUCGCAAGACCGAAUGUUCCUCGAUAGAGCCAAAGAGCUGGGAGACAAGCUGAUGCCGGCGUUCACGAGCGAGUCGGGAGUGCCGUUCUCGGACGUUAACCUCUACUACCGGCAGGGAAAGCCGCCUAAGUGGGGUCCCGACAGCACUGUGUCAGAAGUCGCCACCAUUCAGCUCGAGUUCCGUGACCUCAGUCGUGCUACUGGUGACCCCAAAUACGAGGAAGCUGCCUGGGCGGUGUCGCAGAAGCUGCACAAUACGCCCAAGUUCCUCGGCCUCGUGCCGAUGUUCAUCAACGCGCAGACGGGUCAGUUCCGCAGUGCGACGACCUUGACCUUGGGAGCCCGAGCGGACAGCUACUACGAGUACCUGCUGAAACAGUGGCUGCAGACGGGAAGGAAGAUCGACUGGCUGAAGGAUGACUUUAUGGAGGCAGUAGAAGGAAUCAAGAAGCACAUGUGGAAGAAAUCCGCAUCUAACAACCUCAGCUUCAUCGGAGAGCUGCUGCGAGGAACCAGCUUCAGCCCGAAAAUGGAUCAUCUUGUCUGCUACUUUGCCGGCGCGCUCGGCCUCGGUUGGCAGUACGGCCUCGGCAUUGACGAUGAGCUGCUGGACAUGGCGCAGGAGCUAAUGCACACCUGCUACCAGAUGUACGCGCAGAUGCCAACGUUCCUCUCACCCGAGAUCGCGCACUUCAACAUGCUGCCCGGCUCCAAGGACGACAUCUUCGUUAAGACUGCCGACGCUCACAACCUGCUGAGGCCGGAGACGAUCGAGUCGCUCUACAUUCUCUACCAGCUCACCGGUGCGCGCAAGUACCAGGACAUGGGCUGGCGCAUCUUCACGGCGUUCGAGAAGCACGCGCGGCUCGACGGUCAGGGCUACACGUCGCUCAGCAACGUGAAGAACGCCGACCAGCCCGGCUGGCGCGACUCGAUGGAGUCGUUCUUCCUCGGCGAGACGCUCAAGUACUUCUACCUGCUCUUCGACGACAACCCGCGCCUCGUCGACCUGCGCACGUGGGUGUUCAACACCGAGGCGCACCCGCUGCCGCUCGUCGGCUCCUGAUAGCGUGCGCGCACGCGGGAGGUGGAGGGUCGCUGGAUCACGGCAGGGUCCCAAAGUCGCGAGAGGGUUGCGGGGUUACAGGAUGGUCGAAGGGUCGCAGGGUCAGGACAGGGUCACGACAGGGUCGCGGAAUGAUGUGAUGGUUGUGGGAAGGUCAGCAAGGAUGGUGAGUCACAGAGGGCCAGGCAAGGUCACGGAGGCGCGUAGGAGGUCACAGAGGGCUGUGAGAGGUCACAGUGGGCAGUGAGAGGUUACAUAGCAUAAAGGAAGGUCGCACGGAUUUUACGCUUGAGAUUUUCACGGUGUCUCUUGAGUCAGAUGCUGGCUGCACAUGAAGAUGGGGUUGAGGGUGGUGUACCUUCAGUAAGUGCAUUUACUUUGAGUUGUUUUUCAUGUGCAUUGCAUCUGGAGUUAUUUAUCUGAAGCAUCAAUUUUCGGUCAUGUAUUUUGCCCCUGAAAAUGGUUUCUUUCGUCACGUCUCCACAUGUUCAAUCAUGCAGUUGUUUGGCUCUCAUCAAGGUCUUCUGGUUACUAUGAUCAUAUUGGCUCAGUGAUUAAUAAGGGGUGCACGGCCCGGUCUGAUUUGCUACCCCUUGUACAUUGUUUUCCAAUAUGCCAUUGGUUAUGAAAUGCCUUCCUUGCAGGAAUGAUGAUUUUCCAGAACAUAUGCUCAAUCGUUGUGAAUAUAUAGUUUUGUACCAUGUCAUUCUCUUGCAGGAAUGUAUUUCUUCUGUCAUGAGUAAUUCUUUGUACGUAUGUAGGGAGCACAUAAUUUGUAUCGAAACGCAUAUUUUAGCAAUGAUUGCGAUUAUUAUUAUCAAUAUAUUGGUGCAAAUACUCAAGGAUCUACAUUUAGGUUCGUCUGUUGUUAACACAGCCAGGAGCUGUUUGUCCGGUGUUUUGUAAGCACUUCAAAUAUGACAUUGGAGUCUCAUGAUAUUGAAUGAAUAAGAAGAAAUCUUUGAAAUUAUCGUAAUUCUCGAUUAUAAGUCAACCCCGAAAUUCAUACAAUCGUUACUUAAUAGGCAGGAAUUGCUCUAGGUGCCCAACCCCAACCAGACUCUUGCUGACCCGUUUUAUUUUUAGAUAUGCAUUGCAAAGUUUGUCUAAAUUACGUGCGAUUAGCAACUGGGUGGUAGAGAGUGCAAAAUUCUAUGUUGUAGAAACUCAUGCGGAACUAAUAUAAUUAUUUAAAGGUGAAGGUAUUUUAUCUGCGUGCAUCCAUAGCUAUAUUAAUAUAAUGUUGCGGUCAUUACUGUUGGCUUCAUACUUUACAUUUCUGACCCGUCUGCAGUAAGACCAGUCACUUAUAAACGUAUUCUCAUAUAUACGUAUGUACGUGAACGUGUACGUGACGUAUCACACGUAAUGUACGUGUGUCCAUUGUUCUUCCAUCUCCACUGACCGUAACCACUAUUUAACUGACAGUCAUCGAAGGGUAUAUACAUACAUCUGUAUAUCUAUCUCUCUUUUUCUCUCUCUAAAUAUAUAUAUAUAUAUAUAUAUAUGCAUGCAGCUCAUCAUUUUUAUAAAACCAUCUGUGAUCAUGAUUUAUCUGUAUUGUAAUAACUAUUUGUUCAGUGUAUGAUCUGUUUAUUAUAUCACGCGGGGAUAGUGUUGUAUGUAUGUAAAUAAUCACAUUUCUGUCCCUGGUUUCUAUCUUGCGUACAACGUACGCACGGUAAAACUAUGGAGGAUAGGUGUAAUAAAUAGUUGUUAUAUGAUUCACA